AACCAAUAAUUCAAAUCCAACCACAUGUGAAAAUCUUUCAACUGCUGAUUUGUCCAAGUCAUUGUUUUGUUGCAAAUUGCAAAUUACAAUACAUAGUACCUGUUUUGUAUACGAUAAAGUGAAAGAAAUUGACCGGUGUGGUUGUCUUACGUCUUACCACAAUACAGAUAAAGGUUCCCUUUCUUCUCUGAUCCCUUAAUCCCUUCCUUGCCAAAGGGUCGUGUCAAGUUGUGGUCGCUGGCUAAAUAUCCACAUUCACAAUUCUCUUCUCCGACGGACAGAGUAAAAUUCACUAUCAAGAGUCGUGUUGCUAACUAAUCAGGUUUCGUCAUGGAGCAAUUAGAUUUAAGCGGGCCCUCAUCCGUACAAGUUGGCGAGAAUGACGACGAGACGACGACACCAGUUCGUCGUACGAGCGCCCGAAUCGCCACGGCUGAAAGUGCGAAGUUCAAAGUUCAAGUUAACCAAGAAGAUAAAAAAUUCCCCCCAGGAAAACGAAAAUCGACGCAACAAGUCAAGGCAAAGGCACGUCUUGAUAAACAACCGCCCAAGAAAAAGGUGAAGAAAACUGUAAAACAAAGUUUCAAACCAGUCAAAAAAAUGGCAAAGAAAAACAAGGGCACGGCGACGACUGCUGGAGACGUUUUGGAACAAGGCGCCCCUCACGAUAAUAGUGCUGACCAAUUAAAGAAAGCCUGCGACCUAGUCCUGGCCGACUUUCCCCUCCAGGAUCGCGAAUGGUUUGACGAGGCCUCACGGAUCUGUAAAAUUUGUAGAACAAUGUACAAAACGUGUCAACAGGCUUCCCUCUGCGUGACGAAUAAACACGGUCAACUUCGGUGCUACUUAUGCUUUGACCAUCUUCGCAACACGGAAGCCCUCUUUGACCACUACCGAGCCGACCAUACACCCUCCGGGAGGGAGAACGUUCUCAUUUGCAAUUACUGCUCAAACUCCGUGCCAUUUAAGAGCGUUUCGAGCCACGUGAUUUCGAUGCACUUAUCUGAAAAGGCGACCGGGCGGAGGGAGCGGGCGGGGGUAUAUCACGCUCGAACGCAGGCCUUGAUGAGAUGGGGACGAUAAUUAUCCAAUAUGAAAUUUUCAUUGAAAUUAAAUUUGUCGUGAAUUUUUACACGGUAGUUUUUAUAUAAUUCGUUUCGCAAUUUAUGUAUUAAACAUUACUAGUAAAUAUUUAUGUAAGGUAAAGUACAUAUGAAAUAUUCCAAAAUAUGGUUAAAUUGCGUUAAUAAAUUGAAAUAUUGUAAAACAAUAUUAAUAAAGCAGUAAAUUCUGAUAAUCGCUUA